AUGUCACAUCCAUGGAUCUACCCAGAUGCGCCCUGGACUCGCCUUCAUGUGGAUUUUGCAGAGUUCAAGGGAAAGCAAUACCUUGUGGUAAUUGAUGCAUUUACCAAGUGGCCGGAAGUCCACGAGCUCGGAAUACAUGCCACUACGACUCAGAAAGUUGAAGCAUUGAGGAGGUCAUUCAGCUGCCAUGGAAUCCCUCAAAGACAUCAAAGGACACCUCCGUAUCACCCUGCUUCGAAUGGGCAGGCAGAACGGUUCGUGCAGGAGCUCAAGAAGUCUCUGAAGAUGAGGCCACCAGAUCGGUCAAUUAGUCAUCAGAUUUCGUUACUGUUGUUGAAAUAUCGAACAACCCCAAACACUACUACUGGGAAGACACCAUCAGAACUACUGAUGAAACGUGAGCUGAGACACGACAGGCAAAGUGAGAGAUACGAAGAAGCAACAAAAUACGUUAGAAAUCUCAACCCAGGAGACACGGUGGCAGUCCUCAACACACGUCGAGAUGGCCGAGGGAAAUGGCUGACAGAAAUCAUCCUACAGCGCUUGGGACCAACAAAUUACAUGGUGAACGUGAACAAUCACCUCCGAUAUGUUCAUAUCGAACAUAUCAGGAGACGAGAUGAAAGGAGUGUACCUACUGUCAUAGAGACAUCAGAUGAGGCGGAUACUGAAGCAACUACAGAUAUUACUUCUAAUCCACGACCAACACUUGAACAGACAGGACAAACAGAACCUACUAGUCCAGUGAGAGAAGCACAACAAGCAGAAGAACCUGUUACAAUAGCCAUACCAUCUCUUGCUGAGGGAGCUACAGCCGAAGUAAGAGGAACAUCAAGUGGAACUGAUCGACGUUAUCCAGUUCGAGUCAAUCGUCAGUUACCCUUCCGAUAUAGACAAAGCUAA